CUGACCAUGAACCCGGUUAAGUUCUUCAGCGAGCUCCAACAGCUUGGAGACCCCCGGACUCGAAACUACACGCUGGUAAUGAACCCGCUCUUCGUGUUCCCGCUAGUCAUGGCCUACCUCUACUUCGUCAAAGUGGCCGGUCCGAGGUGGAUGAAGGACAAGGAACCCUUCCAGAUCAUCAACCUCAUCCGCUUCUACAACCUCGCGAUGGUCCUCCUCAACGCGAGGUUUCUCUACAUCGUCCUCAUCUACACCUAUCUUCCGGGAGGUGAAUACAGCCUCUGGUGCCAGGGGAUCACGGGCCGGAUGACAGAACAGUUGGCCGGCUUGUACGAAUCUGCGUCCUGGUACGUCGCCGUGCGGUACGCCGACUUUCUGGACACCGUCUUCUUCGUCCUGCGCAAGAAGUUCACGCAUAUAACGCAUCUGCACGUCAUCCACCACACCGUGGUGGCGGUGAACGCGUGGUUCUGGGUAUUGUUCGCUCCAGAGGGACAGCCCGCCCUGGGACUCGCCAUGAACGCGUUCGUCCACGUUGUCAUGUACGCCUACUACUUCCUUGCCACGCUAGGUCCGAAUGUGAGGCAGUACCUCUGGUGGAAGAAGUACCUGACCACGAUGCAGAUUGUGCAGUUUGUCAUCUUCAUCGGGCACAUGUCCAUCCCGCUCUUCGUGGACUGCGGUUUCCCGAGGCACCUCAUUCACGUGGCCAUUGCUCAGACGGUUCUUAUUUUAAGUCUCUUUGUAAACUUCUAUAUCCAAUCGUAUAUGAGACGAAGAGGUCCCAAACUGACAAAUGGUCAAGUCGAUCUUGCUCAGCAUGCGAAUGGCAAGGCCGUCAACGGAAAGUGCGAUUAGUGAGGUGAAUGUCGCGUGACUGAGUCUAAGGAAUGAACACACAAGUAUAUUCAUGAUUCCUUUCAUGAGCCAUGCAGUGACAUGCUUGAGGCAGUUCAAUCAUAUCAUUGUCUCAGUAGCUCAAGUAGUGUACUAAUGUUUCUGAUCGGGUAUUUAUGACCUUUGAAGACGGCCGAAAGUAUCUGCUUGGUUCUAAU